UCCGGGCGGAACCUAGCAAGGGCCACGUGACUCGCCAAAGAUGGCGGCGCCCAGUGAAGUAGCGUGAAAACUUGUGGAAAGUCGGCGUCGCGGGGUGCGUGAAUCAGAAGCGAAGAGGACCUGGGAGCCAUGUCGCGACUGAUCGUGAAGAACCUCCCUAAUGGGAUGAAGGAAGAGCGAUUCCGGCAGCUGUUUGCAGCCUUCGGCACACUGACUGACUGCAGCCUCAAAUUCACCAAAGAUGGCAAGUUCCGGAAGUUUGGCUUUAUAGGUUUCAAGUCAGAGGAAGAGGCCCAGGCGGCAUUGAGCCAUUUCAACCGGAGUUUUAUUGACACGUCCCGGAUCACAGUGGAAUUCUGCAAGUCCUUUGGAGACCCAACGAAACCCCGAGCCUGGAGCAAGCAUGCCCAGAAGCCAAGCCAGCCCAAGCAGCCAUCGCAAGACUCCAGUUCCUCAGACACUAAAAAAGAUGACAAGAAGAAAAAGGUGCCCAGUGACCUGGAGAAGCUGAAGAAAGAUGCCGAGUUCCAGGAGUUCCUGUCCAUUCACCAGAAGAGGACCCAGGUGGCCACAUGGGCGAACGAUGCUUUGGAUGCUGAACUCCCAAGAGCAAAGACCAAGGCAUCAAGUGACUAUCUGAACUUCGACUCCGGCUCCGACUCAGGACAGGAGAGUGAGGAGGAGCUGGCUGGAGAGGAACCUGAAGAGGAACAAGGCCCGCAGCCGAAGGCAGCCACACAGAAGGAACUGUCCGACAUGGACUACCUGAAAUCCAAGAUGGUGCAGCAGGCCGAGGUGUCCUCUGAGGAGGAGGACCAAGAGGACAGUGAAGAUGAGGCAGUGAACUGUGAAGAAGGCAGUGAGGCUGAGGAAGAGGAGGGCUCGCCUGCCUCCCCAGCCCAGCAGGAGAGUGUGAGCCGGGGAGCCCUGCCUGGGAGCCAGAGACCUCAGGAAGCCGCCGUCAAGGUAGAGAAGCCAGCCAGCAAGAAGGAACCCACCACUCCCUACACUGUGAAGCUCCGGGGAGCCCCGUUCAAUGUCACUGAGAAAAAUGUUACAGAGUUCCUGGCACCCCUGAAGCCAGUGGCCAUUCGAAUAGUGAGAAAUGCUCAUGGGAACAAAACAGGGUAUGUCUUCGUGGAUCUCAGCAGCGAAGAGGAAGUGAAGAGAGCGCUGAAGUGCAACCGGGAAUACAUGGGUGGACGCUAUAUCGAGGUCUUCAGGGAGAAGGCCCCCACAGCCCAUGGUCCCCCAAAGAGCAGUAGCACACCUUGGCAGGGCCGCACGCUUGGGGAACAUGAGGAGGAGGAGGACCUGGCCGACUCUGGGAGGCUCUUCGUGCGGAACCUGUCCUACACCAGCUCUGAGGAAGACUUGGAGAAGCUCUUCUCUGCCUAUGGUCCCCUGUCAGAACUCCACUAUCCCAUUGACAACCUGACCAAGAAGCCCAAGGGCUUUGCCUUUGUCACUUUUAUGUUCCCUGAGCACGCGGUGAAAGCAUAUGCUGAGGUAGAUGGGCAGGUAUUCCAGGGCAGGAUGCUCCAUGUCCUCCCUUCCACCAUCAAGAAGGAAGCCAGCCAGGAUGCAGACACCCCGGGAUCCUCUUACAAGAAGAAGAAGGAGGCCAUGGACAAAGCCAACAGUUCCAGCUCUCACAACUGGAACACACUGUUUAUGGGCCCAAAUGCCGUAGCUGACGCCAUCGCACAGAAGUACAACGCCACCAAGAGCCAAGUGUUUGACCACGAGACCAAGGGCAGUGUGGCUGUGCGCGUGGCUCUGGGGGAGACCCAGCUGGUCCAGGAGGUCCGCAGCUUCCUUAUCGACAAUGGCGUCAGCCUGGACUCUUUCAGCCAGGCCGCAGCAGAGCGAAGUAAGACUGUGAUCCUGGCUAAGAACCUCCCUGCAGGUACACUGGCGGCGGAGCUCCAGGAGAUCUUUGGUCGCUUUGGCAGCUUGGGCCGUGUGUUGCUGCCUGAAGGUGGCAUCACGGCCAUUGUAGAGUUCCUGGAGCCCCUGGAGGCCCGCAAGGCCUUCAGGCACCUGGCCUAUUCUAAGUUUCAUCAUGUUCCCCUGUACCUGGAGUGGGCUCCAGUUGGUGUCUUCGGCACAGCCCCUCAGAAGAAAGAUUCCCAACCUACACAGGCUACAGAGAAAACCGAGGCAGAGCCAGAGACGGGGCCAGUUCUCGACCCAGAAGGUGAGAAGGCCUCAGAGGAAGGAGCAGAGGCCCCCACAGGUGUGGAGGAGGAGGAAGAAGAGGAAGAUGAGGAGGAAGAAGGCGUCCCAGGAUGCACUUUGUUUAUUAAGAACCUCAACUUCAGCACCACAGAGGAGACGCUGAAGGAAGUGUUUUCCAAAGUGGGAGCUGUGAAGAGCUGCACUGUGUCCAAGAAGAAGAAUAAAGCAGGAGUGCUACUUUCAAUGGGGUUUGGGUUUGUGGAAUACAAGAAGCCAGAGAAGGCCCAGAAAGCCCUCAAGCAGCUCCAGGGUCACGUUGUGGACGGCCAUAAACUGGAAGUGCGGAUCUCCGAACGGGCCACCAAGCCGGCCUUGACACCCACUCGGAAGAAACAGGUCUCCAAGAAGCAGACAACCUCCAAGAUUUUGGUGCGGAAUAUCCCCUUCCAGGCCAACCAGAGGGAGAUCCGGGAGCUUUUCAGCACCUUUGGGGAACUGAAGACAGUGCGCCUGCCAAAGAAGAUGACGGGGACGGGCGCACACAGGGGCUUCGGCUUUGUGGACUUCGUCACCAAGCAGGAUGCAAAGAAAGCCUUCAAUGCACUGUGCCACAGCACCCACUUGUAUGGCCGGAGGCUGGUUCUGGAAUGGGCAGACUCAGAGGUGACGGUGCAAGCUCUCCGGAGGAAGACAGCCAGGCACUUCCAAGAGCCCCCAAAGAAAAAGCGGUCUGCGGUGUUGGAUGGGAUCCUGGAGCAGCUGGAAGAUGGGGACGACGAUGACGGCAGCGAGCACGCUCUUCAGCUGUGAUCUAGCACGGCCAGGCUGUGUGGUGCAGGGCCCUGGGGCCGGGCAGGGCCCGUCAGGAGGCCUCGCAUGGGUCAGGGUCACAGGAGACAAAGCCUGUGGCCGGUACGGGUGCCAGAACGGCUUUUCUGCAGGCUCCUCGCCGGUGAUGCGUUCAGCAGCCACUGACCGGGCAUCGGCACUGGGCACCCACAGGGCACAGACCUGGCAUCCUCUUCUCGCACGGCGCUCCCACCCACACCUGGCUCCUUGUCCCCGAGGAGCAGGGACUGGGGUGGGUGGCAGGGUGCACAGCCACUGGAGGACCCAUGGAAGGAGCCAGCUGCUGUCCAGGCAGGAACACGCAGCUCAGCCUUGGUCACCAGCCUCCCAGGCCCCACCCACCAGACUCCUGCAGCCAUCUCACCCUCCUCAGGACUGCUGGCCAAGGAUGGAGCUGGGGACUCAUCACCCAGGGCCCUCCCCAGACCACCUGAAGCUUCACAUUCCGAGCCCUGAUGCCAGGUUCACAGACUGAACUGUGUGCCAUCGCCAUUGCAUCUCAUGGUGGAGGCCCUGGGAGCCCCGUCAAGGUCAGAGGCUUCGCAAGCUUAGCGCUGGCUGGUACCCUAGUGCAGCCUCUCCAUGGAUGGCAUCACGCAGGGAGCAGGGCCUCAGCCCCAGCACCACCACUGAGCGUGCCGCUGAAGACGCACAUCAUUUUGCGUUCAGGUACUGUCUACGCAGUGCAGGUGACUAGCGUGGUGGCCUCGGCCAGCCACACCACCUUCAGCCAUCCAACCCAGGAAGACCUGAGAAGACUCUCCUCCCACCUCUGAGCUGCCGUCACCACGGGCUGCCGGUGAUGGACAGGACCCUGACCAGGGGCACCAGGCCUUCUGACUUUAUGGGAGACUCUUGGUCUGGGCUGUUUUGUUUGUUCGUUUGUUUUUUUUGGGGGAGGGGGAUCAGGCCCUACUUUUCAGAGUGGCCUGGACCAAAGCUGAGACCACACCCUUGGGUGGGUCGGACACAUUGUUACAGUCCAAGGGCACUGAGAAUAAAGCAAUAAGUCAGAACCUA